CAUUUCAUCACCGACGGACGCCGUUCGCUAUUCGUACACACAAGUACACAACAUUGAACAUACGUGCGACCACCGAACGGGCUCUACUGCUAUAGUCUAUAACCACACGGCGGUUUGUUGUUUACGCGGUCCGAGCGUGUCUCGUUAGUUUAGGUGUAACAAAUUCAUCGUCUUCGUGCGUAUUAAACAAACACUUGUUUUCUAUCUCUCUCCCUCGCCCGACUCGCCGUCCGCGCAUUGCGUACGUUGCUCGCACCACCGACCUACCCCGGACACGCGCGCUCCAACGGCCCAAGCACUACUUCAGCGGGAAGCAUCCAUUUCGUUAACGAUAAUAUUCUUCAUGUUUCACAAUGAGUGAUUAUUCAGCGGUGAAUCCGCCAACGGAAAAGAAUCAGAGUCAAGCGUUCGCGGCAGCUUUACAACGCGCUAAAGAGAUAGCAGCUAAAAUCCAACCAUCUUCCAAAGCUAGUUCAACAACAGGAUCUAUAUCACCAGAAACACAUAAAAGACCUUCAGAAGAUUACGGUAACCCAUCAGAGCCUGAUAGAAAAAGGUUAGCAACAUCUCCGGUGGCUUUAGCCGCCGCGCAAGCAGCAGCCGUGGCCGCCAGAGUGGCAGCAGCAGCAGCAGCCGGUAUCCAAGGCAUCGGUGGGCCUGGAUCACAAUUUGGAAACGUUAUUAACGAAGAAAUAAAAGUACCUGAUAAAAUGGUUGGACUCAUUAUAGGCCGCGGUGGAGGACAAAUUAGUCGACUGCAGGCUGAAACUGGGUGUAAAAUUCAAAUGGCGCCAGAUAGUCCUGGCUUAUUAGAGCGAUCCUGUACACUUACAGGAAAUGCUCAAAGCAUAACGUUAGCUAAAGAGCUCAUACAAAACAUUGUACAGAAUAAAGUAUCUGUUGAAGGAACAGGUGGUGCAAAAAUUGAAGGACUUAAUAUAUCUUCCCCACCUUCCCAACCAGCUUUUACUCAAGCCCAAAUAAUGAUACCUGGAGCCAAGGUAGGACUUAUUAUUGGAAAAGGAGGUGAAACUAUUAAAAUGUUGCAAGAAAGUUCAGGAGCAAAGAUGAUAGUUAUACAAGAUGGUCCUAAUAGUCAAGAAAAUGAAAAACCUUUGAGGAUAUCUGGUGAAACAGCCAAAGUUGAGCAUGCUAAGAAGUUGGUGUAUGACAUGUUAGGCGGUGAUAAAGAUGGAUCGUCCAAUUUUGAUCAGAACGGGUCAAAUUGGAAUGGUUCAAAUAGUGGUGAUUACAGUAUGCAUUCUGGUUAUGGUGGCAAAGUUGAGGUUGGUGUACCAAAACAAGUAGUAGGAUUAGUUAUUGGAAAAGGCGGCGAUAUGAUUAAAAAAAUCCAAGCUGAUACCGGUGCCAAAGUCCAGUUUAUAAACCUCAAUGAAGAUACACCUGAUGAUAGAAGAUGUUUGAUCACUGGUAAUCCAGAUCAGGUGGCUGAAGCUAAACAAAGAAUAGAAUCAUUAGUCGAUAGCGCUUUAAAUCGUAGUGGAAAUCGACAGAGUGGUGGCGGUGGUGGCGGCGGUGGUAAUUUUAAUAGAAAUCAAAGUUGGGGUAAUAGUGGUCAAACACAACCAUUGAAUGAAACAACAUUUACCGUGCCAUCAGCUAAAUGUGGAGUUAUUAUUGGAAAAGGUGGUGAAACAAUUAAACAAAUUAAUAUGCAAACUGGUGCACAUUGUGAAAUUGAUAGACGGCACAAUAAUACUGGUUCUGAAAAAACGUUUGUUAUACGUGGGACAACAGAGCAAAUCGAAAAUGCUAAACGCAUGAUAAAUGAAAAAUUAGGUUUUCAGGAUCCUAAUGGUGGUUCUCAGAACUAUAGUAAUAUGAACCAGCAGCAACAGCAACCACAACCACCAUAUGGUUCUCAAAUGGGUUGGGGUGGACAAGAUGGACAAAUGAACGCAUAUGGUCAAGGUUGGAAUCCAAGUAUGCAACAACAGCAACAACCACAACAACCAACUGAUCAGAAUAAUACAAAUCCUAUGGCUAAUGCUAAUGGUGCCCAAGGGGGCUCAGACUUUAGUGCCCAAUGGAUACAGUACUAUAGAUCUAUGGGAAUGCACAGAGAAGCUGAAUUCAUUGAACAGCAAGCCAAACAAAUGAAGUUUAAUCAGAUGAAUGGAACUAGUGCUGUACCAAAUCCUGCUAGCGUCCAACCUCAACCUCAUGCAAUUCCUCCAAAUGGAACUGCUGGUGUUAUGCCAGUCGCUGCAAUUUCUGCUAAUGGCAGUGGAAGUGGUGCUGGAGGAACUGCUGGUGCAGGGACUCCCGAUUACAGUGCACAGUGGAUAGAGUAUUAUAGAUCAAUUGGAAAAAAUAAAGAAGCUGAUAUGGUUGAACAACAAGUUAAAGCAAGACAAAUGGGUCUACCAACUCAAACUAAUGGUCAACCAAGUGGAUCAGAACAAUCGCCUCAACAGCAGCAGCAACAACCUAAUGCCUCAAGCCCGCAAUCAGGACAACCCCAAACAUUGAAUGAUGUAUCAAUGUAUGGUGCACAGUAUGGUAUGGCUUAUGGAGCAGGUGGUUAUUAUGGAGCACAGAAUCCUGGUGCUGCACCUACUGGAUAUGGUGCUUAUCCUGCUGCAGGAAAUGCCUAUGCAGGAUAUCAGCAAGUUCCACAACAAGAUCCACCACAACAACAAUGAGGACUUACGUCAAAAAUAUACUAUUAACUGUGUUAUUGCAGAACGUCCAGAUACCAGGGAUAUCCUCGCUAUGGUCAGGUCCAUUCAUAUUAAAUCAAUAAACAAAUAGUUUUGUCUUCUCUACGCAUUUUUUUUUUCUAUUAGUAUAUUUAAUUAUGUUUAAUUAUGUACUAUACUUAAUUGUAAAGACAUUUUGUAGCGCAAAAAAAAAAAAAAAUAUGAAAAAAAAACCAUAUUGUUUAUUUUAUAGUUUUGGCGAUUGGUAUAUAUAUUUAGGUAAAAUCGCCAUAAUAUACCUGAAGCUAUGGUUAUAGUGGUAUAAUCAUGUUACUUUUGAUUACAACGGUAUUCAUUACUAUUCUAUAAAAUGUGUUUAUUAAGUUUUUCUUAUCUCCAUUUAAACACAUAAUAUGCUAUUACAUAAACAUUUUAUUACAUUGUGAGUUAUUUCAAGUAAGAGUGAAAUUAUGGAAAAUUUCAAGUUUGGAUUUGUAUAGCAUAAUAUUUCAUUAGGUUCACAGCAUUGAUAAAACAAUUUUUUCAUUUGACAAUUUAUCAAAUUGGCAUUUAGGACCUUUUUUAUAAUAUAGUUAAGUAAAAUGUUUUAUAAUUUAAA